GCCAUUCUAUGGUGGGUAAGACGGAGUUUCCAUUCAUAUAUUUGCGUCCUCGGACUUUUCGCUGCCACGAGGAAUAACUUAAAACACCGAGAUAGUUCAUUUACCUUUGCACAUCCCGAAUAAAAAUGCGUUCAGAGUCAGUGUCCUUGUUACUCGGGCGGACGACCUUAGUGUCGGGCCAAGCCAUCGCAGCAACGCCUAUAGACAAAGCAAUCAGGCCAACCUCCCAGGGACAGAUAGGCGUCAAUCCCGUAUCUAUACUACCUCCAGAGUCAUAUCACGCACCACACGCGCAUACUGAGUACUGGGAUCAAGAGCCGUCUACGACAAAGUGGAUUGGCGUUAAUACGGAGUACUUGACCCACAUUCCAUACACCACAACGGAUUCGGCAAGCAAUGUUGUGACGACAACCAUCCCUGCUGCUAUCGUAGCCAGUACAGCGACAGCAGCAGCAUCGGGUUAUCAGCCAGGCGACGUGGCCUUCGCUUUAUCGCCCAAAUUUCUCGACGUCCUCAACACGAUUGCAAAAGAGGUUGAGUCUAUAUCCUGCGGAGCAAGGAAGCGGCAGUUAUGUAUGGCCCACAUCGAAGCAUUCGCCGAACGGGUCGCGCAAGAACUAAAGCCAGGCGGUCUGCUCGACUGGGUCCGUGAUAUUCCGACUGCUACCGUCACUGCAUCAGAUAUCGCUUCCGUUAUCAACUUUAUUACCAACGCAAGGGUUCUCUCGAUUACCUCCAUCGCAUUAGCGGCAUACAAAUUCGGUCUCGAGCCGGUCUUCAAACUCCUGAACGGCAUGACGAGCGCGCUUUCAUCUUCAGCUGGAGAUGACGGAGACUCUGAUUCGAUUACCUGCCCCAAUCCCAACGAACUACCCUGUACCUUGUGCUUAGGAACGCUAAAAGUAUGUACGACAGCAUUUGCCGGCUGUCCUUGCAAAGAAGAUAAAUGCCCCUCUAGAGAUCAGAAGCCGAAAUGCGAUGACGAUCAGUGCAGAGGCGACCAGAACAACAAAUGUACCGCGGUCAAUGAAGGAUGCGAGUGCAAUCGAGAUUGCCCCGAGGCAGUAGAAGAGUGGCCGUACUGCGAUGAGUGCGGGGGAAAGCAGAAAAAGAUAGGCAUGCCCAUCAGUCUCGCUACAUAUGAGGGUAUGUGCAACGGGAUCGAAGAGGAGAACUAUCAAUACGCCGGUUGUCAGUGCUAUGCAUUCCCCGAUCACCAUAUUUAUCCGUACAAAGUAGUCGUGGACAUGGAAAGGGCCCUCAGUACCGGGACUGACUGGACGCCUCCACCUCCACAAACCACACCGGCGAACUUUGGAUGCAACCCAAAGGGGGAUCUAUCGCUAGUGAAGGACAUUGCUAUAAAAAAGAGCAAGGCGUUCUGUCAUGAGAAGACGAGUGGUAGCGAUCACUACCUUCGACACCGUCCGGCCGUCGGAGGCUUCUCCAAUGCAGUCAUGGCCGACUACGAUGUAGGUGGCGGUCGUAUCCAGAUAUACGCAUACAUAGACGACGCAUGCUCGGAUGAGGGAAUGGAGAUGGUCGAAAAUGACUGUGUAACCGCUCUUACCUACAUCGUUAACCAAUGCGAUAAUGAGAAAGCCGGGGGAGGCGCAAAUAUCAUGUGCCAAUACUACGACAUCUCGCCUAAGCCGGAGGGAAACCCGACUUGUCAGGGCAUUCCGUGCGACACCUAAAAUAAUGCUGGAUUAGCAGAAACUUCGAAAACUUAGCUUUCCCAGUAGGAGAAGAUGGACCGAGAGGUAUCUUGAAUGUGGGAAAUAUCUUUCGACCGUGAGCACAAGACCGCGGAUUCAUGCUUUUCUCGCGACCUGGCACACUGCUGGCCCGAAAGCUAGGGUGUCGCCUGCUACACCACUUCUUGUCCGAUUUUAUGUACCAGUGUAAACACAUAGUAGUUACUUGACAUGUGCGACGCUGUCCAUGCUCUUGAUAAACCGCAACAAAGGUUUCGAGCUCGGCGAACAUCUCCACAGUGCACACCUCACAGCUGCCCACAGCGCCAUCGCGAUUAAGUCGGUCGAUUUUAGCUCCACCACAUCAUCCCCUACCACUUCUUCCCCUAUUUCCUGC